AUGGAUACUCCACCACCAGACACAGAAAAUACUACUACCACUACUGCUACCACUUCUAAUGCCACUUCAACCAAGGUGUCAUUCGAGAGCACUUCAUUGACUUUGUCAGAUUUACCAAAUGUACAGGUGGCUGAUGGCCAUUUGAGAUUGGAAUUGGCAUUGCCAAGGGCUGUUGAUGAGAGUCGAUUGACUGUUCCAGGCUCAGCGGGAAGGAAGCAUAUGAUUGUUGUAAUGGUCGAUAAGAGUGGAUCGAUGUAUCAUGUUUGGAACCAGGUGCAAUGCAUCCUGCAGACACUGUUCACAAUCGUAUUCAAUCAGACUGCCGACAUUGUGUUGGAAGUCAUCUUCUUCAAUGACACGGCCUAUCGCAUGGCCUGGACACCAGAGAACUACAAGCAGCUGAUCAUGGAAGAGCGCGCCAAUGGCAAGACAUGCUUCGCCUCAUUGUUUGGCUUGGCUGGCGACCUCUUGCGCACUCACUUCAAGAAGAACACUGAGUUCCGCAGCGACUUGUUCUACGACCCACGCACCGACGUCUCGAUGGUGUUGCUCACUGAUGGCGCACAUACCACAAACCGCGAUCACAAGAAGGAGUUUGCAAACUUGCGCGCACUGAUCAAGUCCAUCACCAAUGCCGAGAUCACUGUACACACCAUGGGCUUCACUGAGAACUCGCGAUUCCAAGAUCUGGAUGGCAUCAGGAAGUUGUUGGGUAACAAGGAGGGCAUCUAUCAGUAUGCCGAGCCAGGUGAUGGCCCACACGCACUUCACGAGAAGCUCAACUUCAUCUUUAGCUUCAUCCUCACGACAGGCAAGACUGUGCCCGCCGUCAUCUCCUGGUCGCCCGACAGCGGCCUGGUCUUUGUCGAGAGUGGCACCAACUCAAUCAAGACAACACUGGUCUUUGACAAUGACGGCGAGUACGACAUCACCUUUGCCGUGGCCAGGAUGCCCCUGGCCACAGACCUGGUGAUGCCCUCACACUACGCUCUCACCGUCCAGAUGGACGACUCGCCAGCACUGCACACCACCUCUAUCACACCCAUCCUCAAGAAGUUGUCCAAUGAGCUGUUGACCCAGUACAAGUUGCAGAGACUGCAGGUCAAGCUCAACAAUCUGUUCUCACGUGUAUCAACUCAUGGCAAGGACAACACACCCAAUGAGGAGACAAAGGAGGUUUACCGUCGCGAGAUCCUCGCCAUUCAAUCGGGCCUCAAUGAGGUGGACAACACUGUUAUCUUUAGCUUUGGCAAGCAGGCUCGUGGCGAGAUCACUGAGCUCAAGGUAUCAUGCCUCAAGCAGACAAGUCAGUUGCUCGAGUUAAUCAACACAUGGUUCAAGAGUGAGUGGACCACCAAGACAUCGGCGAGAAUGGCCGACAUCACCUACCAGUUCAUGUUCAAGAAUGAGGGACGACAGCGCCGUGCCACGUUCAAGAUCGCCAGAAACGCCGCAGCCAUGAUGAAGGACGCCACUCAACUCAAGCAAGUCGAGGUCGACCUCGACUACUUUGACGCGAUCAAGGAUGCCAAGCAGUUGGACCUGUUGGAGAAGUCCAAGAACCUGUUCUCAUGCACACUCUCUCUUUGCAAUUGGAUCGAGUUGGCUGAGGAGAAAGACAUCUUGGGCUUUGGUCUCUCCAUCCAGCGUCCAGAGACCGUGAUCGACGACCCCACUCAAGUGCGAAUCAUUGAUUUCUCCACCACAUUCCUCGGCAAGUCAUCAAUCGAGGAUGCCAUUGCAUUGUCCAUUCAUUCAGUUGGCCAGGACAAGACAACUGGAGGUUUUGAGGUUGGACGCGACAAGGUGUCGGCCGCCAGUCAAGGGUCGUGGUCGUGA